UGAUACUCUAUUCCUCCACUGAAUUCCACUUUUUGCAUCCUUGCGUUAUGACACCCCCAACCCUCCCAAUAAACCCAACAUCCCUCUCCCCGCACAAGUUCCUAGCCCCCUCACAAACCCUCAGCACCUCCCUUCUAAAAACAACAUGCGCACUCUACUCCCUUGCCCAUCAAUCCCAACCUAUCCAAAUGACGCAUUUGGACAAGGUUUGGGUGGAUGGGUUUGAUGCGGAGCAGAUUUGGGAGCAGAUUUGGAUGCUUGUUGGGCCUUUUGGGGAGUAUUUUGGGGAUAAAGUUCAGGAGAUUUUGGAGAAUGCGGAGGGGGAUGCGGAGGAGAGUGAUGUGCAUGUGGAGGAAUUGGAGGAGGAUGAAGAGGAGGAUGUGAGUGAGCAUGAUGAGGACGAGGAUGUGGAUAACGAGGAUGAGGAAGAAGAGGAAGGCGAGGAACAAGAUGAGGAAUUGGAGGAAAACGAUAACGAGGACAUGUUGAGCGGUUCAGACCCACUCGAUGACGACCAGGUCUCAAACGCUUCCAACCCCUCCGACUCACCACGGAAACGCAAAAGCAUCAUUGAUGACGAAUUCUUUUCCCUUGAAGACAUGGAGCGAUUCGCCGACUUUGGUGAGGCGCGUGAUAUGAAACGUGCACGGCGGAACCAAGAGGAUCUAGAAGAAGAUGAUGAUGAGUUUGCAUUGGAGGAUGAGUUGAAUGAGGAGGAUGAGAAUGCGAAUGAGAUUCGGUAUGAGGAUUUCUUUGGACCGCGUGAACAGCAUCAUGAGCGGCCUGAUGCACGUGUACGGUUCUCGGAUCAGAACCAAGUCAAGGAAUUCCAAAGGGAGGAUGAGAAUCAGGAGGAACAAGACCAGGAGGAUGAGGACCAAGGGGAAGAAAACCCGACAGUACACCCUUCCCGAACCGCCAACCUGUUUGAUGAAGACACCCAGCCGGAUACGACCAUCUCCACCUUUGAAAGAGAGCAAAAAAAACUUGCGGCCCAAAUCACCCAGCUCGAGUCUGAAGCCAUCGCCCCCAAACCAUGGACCCUCAAUGGAGAAGCCUUUAGCAAAUCCCGUCCAGUCAAUUCCCUCCUCGAAGAAGAUUUAGAAUACGAGCACGCCGCCAAACCCGUUCCCGUCAUAACAGAAGAAAAAACAUCGUCGUUGGAGGAUUUGAUCAAGCAGCGGAUCAAGGAUGCUGUGUUUGAUGAUGUAGUUCGCAAGGCGCCACCUCGGGAUAGAGAUUUUGAUCCCAAUAGACGUAUCGAGAUUAUAGAAGAAAAGAGCAGCAAGGGGCUUGCAGAGGUCUACGAGGAAGACUAUAUGCGAAAAACAGGACAAACAACCACAACAGAAAAAGACGCCGCCCUCGCCGCCCAACACGCUGAAAUCGAUACCCUCUUCAAAUCCCUUUGUCAGAAUCUUGAUGCCCUUUCCAACUGGCAUUUCCAGCCCAAACCCACUACCGUCGAACUGCAAGUCACACCCCUCCCCAACGCUCCUGCUUUGCAAAUGGAGGAUAUCACGCCUUCUCAUGUAGCCGAUUCUGCACUCGUAGCACCCUCGGAGGUAUUCGCACCCCCCAAGGACCUCAAAGGCGACAAGGAACUCUCAUCCGGCACCAAGAAACGUCUUCGAGACAAAACGAGGAAACAAGCUGGAAAAGCCCGCAAAGAGAAACAAGAUCGUCUUCAGGCUAUUGUGGCUGCUAAACCCCGUACAGCCUUCGCAGAGCGCAAAGAAAAGGAGUCGGCGUUGAAGAAAUUGAUGGGACAAAAGAAUGUGACUGUAGUUGGUAAAGUCGAUAAAGGGGCCAAGGCGAGGGGUGUGGAAAAGGGGGGAAAAAUUGGGGAAAGAAAAGUGGAGAGAGCAGAAUUUUUGAGGUUGUAAACACAAAUUGUAUAUUGUGGUAUUAUUCAUAACAAUGAUAGCGGGAACAAUAUAAUCU